AGUAAGGAAGAAGAAGAAGGAAAUCGGCAAUUGUAAACAAAACAAUGUCCUUGAGCAACGUCAGUUUGACUCUUCACGUUACGACCGAUUCACUCGUCCCGGAAGAUACAGUGAACUUUGCACGAACUUCAUUGAACUUUUGCCCAACUUCUUUGAAGACUUAAACAAGACGACAGUGAAGAACAAUCACGUAGAUCAUAAUGCAGUGUGUCAGAAAGAAAUGGCCAGGUUUUCUUGCUUGUCUUGGUUCAGCAUUCGAGCAGUCGUGGGCUAUGGCGUUAUGGAGCUCGCUUCCCUGGCUGAUAGGUUGGGCAACCCUAACCAUGAUGGGUCCAGUGUUAGCAGCGCGUGUACUCUACCGAGCCUAUAAUGUUGUUGUUGAUAAAGUUUUCUACAAUGACAAGGCCCUUUGUGGAAAAGUGAUUAUGAUAACUGGAGCGAGUUCUGGCCUAGGUGAAGCAAUGGCUCAUGCUCUGUAUAAGCGAGGUGCACGUUUGAUACUGGCUUCUCGCAGUGUUGAUAAGUUGACCAAGCUUAAGGAUACACUUCUGAAAUCAUAUGUACCACCGGAACUUCACAUGCCCUCAGUAGUACAGCUAGACUUGGAGGAUCUUAACAAUAUAGCUGUUGUGGCAAAGGAGCUCAUAAGAGUCCAUGGACAUAUUGACGUACUCAUUAAUAAUGCUGGGAUAUCAUACAGAGGUGCCGUAGUAGACACUGAUAUAAGUGUAGAUAUCAAGCUCAUGGUCAUCAACUAUUUUGCUCAAGUUGCUCUAACUAAAGCUCUCCUACCAACGAUGUUAGAAAGGGGGUCUGGGCACAUUAUUGCAGUUGGCAGCGUGCAGUCAAAACUGGCAAUUCCAUACAGGUCAUGUUACACUGCCUCGAAACAUGCAAUGCAAGGCUUCUUUGAUUCACUCCGAGCUGAGGUUGCUGACAGAAAUGUUAAAGUUUCAGUUAUAAACCCAGGGUACAUUUCCACAAACCUCUCCUUAAAUGCAGUUACUGGUGAUGGUUCAACUUACGGAAAUAUGGAUGCAACAACGGCCUCUGGAAUGAAACCAGAAGAAGUUGCUGAACAGAUUGUGAGCUGCAUAAUUAGUGGCUAUGAAGAGCUAGUGUUAGCACCACUAUCACACCGUGUAGCCAUCAACCUCCGAACCAUAUCUCCCUCCCUGCUCUCCCGUGUAAUGAAAAGAAGGGCUGCAAAGCAGAAAAAUUUGUAUGCAUCAAAAGAUGAUUAAAACUUUUUGAGAUGUGUUAUGGCAAAAUGUGCACAUUUUGGACCUUAAACCUCACCUAAUUCUGUGUCCAGUAUUUAAUUUUUUUCCAGGCACCAAAUAAUAGCUUACUUUUUUAUUCAGAGGUAUUAGUUUUUAAAAUUUUUUGUUUUUGUUCAAUCAGACAAGUGGGUUUAAUACAACCAACAUGACUAAGUUCUUAUAUUGUCUAAAGGAAUAUGUUGCUGAUGCAACAGAUAAUACUCUUAGGGUACAGUUCUCUUAAUACAUGAGAUUGCAAUAUGUAUACAGUUAUGUACUAUAUUUUUUUGUAAAUAGGCAAUUGUAUUGGAAGUGUUUUCAGAAUGCAUAUUCAAUUUGUGGGGAAACACCAUUUACAUUUUUUACAAAAACAGUGAAACACAAAUGUUGUGGUGUUUCUAGUUUCUAUAUAAAGUGUAAAUAUAACACAUCUUUUUAAAGUUAUUGUUGUAGUUAUACUCUUUGAAUUAUACUGUGAUAUCUGCAUAAUCAAAAGAACAUCAAGCUCUUAUGUUAUGUAGUGUAAAAUUCUUCUCUAAGGAAUAAUACACUUAAAUUCUUAUAGCAAGUAGAACUUGCUUGGGAAAACGUAGUUAUAACAGAGUACUAACAUUUAGUUCAGUGUUAGCACGGGCUGUAAUCUGUCUUGGGCUUCAGGUUAAAACCUGCAGAAAGACCCAUUGCACAACAAAAACAGUGUUAGGAAUCCCAAAUCCCAGUGAAUAGUGGAUUGCUUUGCAGAAUACUAAUAGAAUUAGUAAUCUACUGUACUGUAUGUGGUUUUUACUCUUAAGAAAAUGGUUUAAAUGCAAGACCUCCCAGUAAACAGGUUGUUUGAGCAUGUCUCCUUAGUUUACUUCCAUGCAAAAAAGUAUGUGUCAAGGAUAGCUUUGAUGUACAACCCUCUUAACCUUAAUUUUAAGUAGAUUACCAGAGUUAUCAGAAGUGUCAUGUUUGCUGAUCAGAGCUUACUGCCCAAGAUAGUUUAAAUUUAGCAUGAAACUAAGUCAUUAAAUGUAUACUGUAUUACUAGCUAUAUUUCAAUUAUAUAGCAUUGCUAAUCCUGAUUUCGCAUAUAUGUUGUUGCAGUUUUCUUUCACAUGACAGCAUGGUAGUGUUUAUGACCUACAUGUAAAUAGCAAGUUGUUGUAGAUAUGGCAAUAGGUAAAUUAAUUUACAAAUACUGUAUAUUGAAACUGGUUUUUUUUCCAAACCUUUGUUGAAAAAACAAAUGAGAAAUUAAUUGGUUGUAUAGUGAAUCUUUAGGUUUUUUCUUCAGUUAGCAGCGUUGGUUUAUGCUAAGUGUUUUCCAACUGCAUUACUAUACUUGUUUUUCCAAUCCCUUUUAACAAAUAGCCAAUGUAUUCAUCAAGCACAGCUGGUGAAUAAUAUUUCUAGUUGUAUGGCUUGCAGCAGUCAGUUUCAUUUUCAGUACAGGUGCAUUGCAAUUUACCUAACUUAUUACUUCAUUGAGAUUUUAGUUUUUCAGACAAAUGAUUGUUACCAAAGAUAUUUACAGUAAACAGCAUUAAUAAAUUAUUUUAAAAGACA